AUGUCUGGCUCAGGCCCCCUCACAUAUCUCCCUUAUCUCCUCGACGCUGCCACUUGCGCCAUCGGCUCUCUCCUGAUCUAUUCGGGGGUGAAAGGGACCUUUGUUGACCCUCUUUCCUGGGCCAAGGGUUUCGGACUUCCUAUGGCAACUUCAGAGAAUGUAGUCCUUUUCCCCAGCGCGACAGGCCGAAACCUCGGUGCGGGCUUUUUUGUCUGGGCCAUGAUUUUACUCCGCGAGAGGAAGGUGCUGGGCAUUUUCCUGAUGUGCUGGUCUUGGGCGGGCGUCGCUGAUACCAAGGUUCUGUACGCCCAUCCGAAGGGAACGAAUCAAGCCAUGCAUAUCAGGAACACCCUGAUCGUAUUGACUUUGGGACCUCUCUUAAUCCAAUCAUCCUGGUCUUGA